UAUUUGUAUCUGUCAAGUAUCGGUGAGUCCAUGAAUAAAAACAACGCUGAAAUUUCUUAAAAAUUACUUUUUCCCAUGGGAAAAGUGCACAAGGAAUGCACAGAUAGAGAGCACCUCGCAGAACUUGUUUUCGAACAAAAAUCUCACUUUCACUCAUGCUGAACGAAAGUUAUUGCGGCUCGUACUUUCGUUCUACUGAAAUACUUUCACGAGUUCGUCAGAAUAAUUGUUCCUAUUCGCUUCUUCAAUAUCUUCCUUCACAUUCGACACAGUGGGAAUUCAAUAAUUCGCAAGUCAUGGAGCCGCUUGCAGGAGUUGCGUUGAAAUCGUUGAAAAAUGGUGUUGGAUCUUCUGGUCGAUCGAUGAAUCGAACAUGCAGUUUUUUCAGUCAGAGAAAUCUCAGCUCUCAAGAAGUUUUUGCUCGUGAAGAAAAAUAUGGUGCUCACAAUUAUCAUCCACUUCCGGUCGCCAUAAAUCGUGCCGAGGGCGUCUUCAUGUGGGAUGUCGAAGGGAAGAGAUAUUAUGACUUCCUCAGCGCUUAUUCAGCGGUCAAUCAGGGUCACUGCCAUCCGAGAAUCUAUAAAACUAUGGUUGACCAAGCCAAAGUACUAACGCUUACUUCAAGGGCUUUCUACUCGGAUGUACUCGGCGAAUUUGAGGAAUAUAUCACGAAACUUUUUGGAUACGACAAAUGGUUGCCCAUGAAUACUGGUGUGGAGGGUGGAGAGACGGCCUGUAAACUGGCACGAAAAUGGGGCUAUCUCCGUAAAGGGAUACCGGACAACAAAGCUAAAAUAGUUUUCGCUGAAGGCAAUUUUUGGGGAAGAACUAUGAGCGCUGUUUCAUCGAGUACCGAUCCGAGCAGCUACUCAGGCUUCGGUCCUUUCAUGCCCGGUUUUGAAGUCAUUCCUUAUGACGAUCUCGAGUCCUUGAGCAAGUCGUUGAACGAUCCAAAUGUUUGUGCUUUCAUGGUUGAACCGAUUCAGGGCGAAGCUGGGGUAGUAGUGCCCGAGGAUGGUUAUCUGAAAGGCGUGAGAGAUUUGUGUACGAAAAACAACGUGCUGUGGAUCGCGGACGAGGUACAAACCGGCCUGGCAAGAACAGGAAAACGUUUGGCGGUUGAUUACGAGAAUGUGAAGCCAGAUAUUCUCAUACUUGGAAAAGCAUUGUCCGGUGGUUUUUAUCCAGUAUCUGGAGUAUUAUCGAACGAUCAAAUAAUGCUAUGCAUAAAGCCAGGCGAGCAUGGUUCUACGUACGGUGGAAAUCCUCUGGGUUGUCGAAUCGCUCUGGAAGCUCUGCGUGUACUGGAGGAAGAAAAACUGGCCGAAAAUGCCGCCAAGAUGGGACAACUACUGCGCGAUCAAUUGAGCAAACUGCCCAAAGACGUGGUAACAUUGGUACGUGGCAAAGGACUUUUGAACGCUGUUGUAAUCAACGAGAAAUUCGAUGCUAUGGAAAUUUGCCUCGAGCUCAGAGACAAGGGAUUAUUGGCUAAACCAACCCACGGACACAUCAUAAGACUCGCCCCACCUCUGGUCAUCAACGACUCACAAAUUCUCGAAUGCGCUGACAUCAUUUCCAAUGUUAUUCUCAAUCACGCUAAAUGAGUUUCUUCAUUUUAUAAAAGUAUCGUUUCCGUAUUUAUGUUGUAAAAGUUGUAAUUACAGAGCAACAAAUCUCGAAUCGAUUUGUUGUUGGAAAAACAGAGUUAUAAGCAUAUGGAAAACUUGAGUCACAAAGACCCACAGUAAUUAUUGAUUGAGUAUUGAAAAAAGGUAGUGACGUAAGGUUUUAGGCAUCUUUUUAUGUUAUUUUUUUCCUUGUAUUGUUCUGCUACUCGAUUAUAAAUAACGAUGGUCAUUUUGAUAACACUGGGCAGAGUCAAGUUUACGUAACCACAUCGAUAUAAGCGUGUGGUUGAUUGAAUAUGCGAUGUAUCAUCAUCAAUGAUCGUUUUAAGGAGGGUGGAUCGCUAAAUCAAAAUGAUCAGAAUUUGACAAAAUUUCGUGCUAACAUUCCUUGGCAUCAAGUAUACAAAUACAAUUUGUU